UCCAUCCAUGCUUUUAUAUAUUCUGUCCUUCAACUUUAAUUCUCCACUUACGAAGAAGCACAUGCAUGGCUCUAAUACCUGCUUCCAUUCUCGUCAUUCUGUUCUUCUCAUACAAUCCAGUAAGAUUAUCAGCACAGAGUUCGGGAGACGAAGCAGCUCUCAUCUCUUUCAGGUCUCUAAUCACAUCAGACCCAGAUGGAGCUCUUGUCUCAUGGGGAAACACCUCUCUACACUUCUGCAACUGGCUUGGUGUCACCUGCAGCAAUCACAGCAGCACUGAACCUAGAGUCACAUCUUUAGAACUCAUCGCCAUUGAUUUGUCUGGUUCUUUAUCUCCUUCUCUGGGCAACCUCACCUUCCUUGAAGAGCUCCACAUCUCUGAAACUCAAGUCUCUGGACCCAUUCCAGAUGAGUUUGGUUCUCUUUCUAACCUUCUGUAUCUCAAUCUAAGCUACAAUUUGCUUUCAGGUGAGAUUCCUCACGCUCUUUCCCAAUGCUCUCUUUUGCAAAACAUUAGCUUGAGAAACAACAUGUUUUAUGGCGAGAUACCCUCAAAUCUUAGCCUUUGUUCUGGGCUUCAACUCAUUGAUUUCCAAACAAAUAAUCUUACUGGCAUAAUCCCUGCAAGUUUGGGAGCUUUAAAAGGUUUAAAAGUUCUUCUUCUUCGGAACAACAAGUUGGAAGCCACGGAGGAAAGAGAUUGGGAUUUUCUUACUGCUUUAACAAACUGCAGUAAUUUGCAGUAUCUAGGGUUUGGGAAGAAUAACUUGACAGGCAGAUUACCUGAGUCAGUUGCCAAUCUUUCAGUGCAUCUUAAAUAUUUGAGCAUGGAUAACAACAAAAUCUAUGGAGGUAUUCCUCUUGGCAUUGUGAAGUUGGUCAAUCUACAAACACUCUACUUGAGCUACAAUCUUUUCAGUGGCGCUAUUCCCUCAUUUAUUGGAGAGUUUCCAAUGUUAGAAAUAUUAUCGUUGAGCAAUAAUCAAUUUUCAGGAGCAAUUCCAACUUCAUUUUGUAACCUCUCAUCUCUUUCUGAGCUAUACAUGGGUACAAACAACCUUGAAGGUGGCAUUCCUCCAUGCCUUGGCAACCUCACCUCUAUCAAUUCACUGGAUUUGAGUCAAAUCAAUCUAACAGGACAUAUUCCCUCUUCUUUAGGGAAUUUAUUCAACCUUGAAAGAGUUGCUCUAGAUUCAAAUAACUUGUAUGGAAACAUACCACCAUCUUUGGGAAGCUUGCAAUCUUUAGUUAUAUUAGAUCUAGGGUAUAAUAACCUUGGUGGAUACAUCCCAGAUUUACUUUGGAACCUCACUUCUAUUGUAGAAUUGGGCAUAGAAAAUAACAAUUUAAUUGGCCCUUUGCCAACAAAAACUCUUCCUUUCCUUCAAUUACUUCGCCUUUCUAAUAACAACCUUCAGGGACCCAUUCCAUCCUCUUUGUUUAACUCUUCUGCACUUGUGUUACUUCAACUUUUUAACAAUUACUUUGAUGGCACCAUAGAUACAAAAAUAGGGAAUUUAAAGAGCUUGUCUAUAGUAAUGUUUUCCUUAAAUAACUUCCAAGCAAGUGACAUUAAAGAAUGGUCCUUCAUUUCAGCACUAGCCAAUUGCACAAAUUUGAAGUCCCUAGAUUUAUCUGCCAAUGAAUUAGAAGGAACCUUGCCUCACUCAAUUGUAAAUCUAAGCACAACAUUAAAUUUGUUGAGAUUAGAAAUGAACAACAUAUCUGGAAACAUUCCUAUAGAUAUAGGAAAUCUGGUCGGUCUUAACUGGUUGAGUCUAGGACCAAAUAAUCUCACCGGCUCCAUUCCAGUGGGAAUCACAAAGUUGAACUCGUUACAGAGAUUAGAUUUGCGCAGUAGCAACCUUGUAGGCAAAAUUCCAUAUGGUCUUGGCAACCUUUCGAGGUUGAAUAUGCUUUACUUGUUUGAUAAUAAUCUUGGUGGAUAUAUACCUUCUGAUUUAGGAAGUUGCCAAGAACUAACUCUAUUAUACAUCCAAUACAAUAAGCUUAUAGGCACUAUACCUAAGGAAAUCCUUAGCAUCACCUCUCUCUCUCUCGGAAUUGACUUAUCACAUAACUUGUUGGUUGGACCGCUCCCCAUCGAGGUUGGCCUCUUAGUAAAUCUUGUAUUUCUUCGCGUGUCGAAUAACAAAUUAAUCGGCCAAAUUCCUAGCAACCUUGCUGAAUGUGUGCAACUCAAAUAUCUUUACAUGGAUAAUAACUUCUUUCAAGGAACCAUUCCUUCAUCUUUUACAACACUAAGAAGCCUUGAAGAGUUUAAUAUUUCACACAACAACUUAUCCGGAAAAAUACCAGAUUUCUUGGAGUCCCUGCAUCAACUGGACCUCUCUUACAAUCAUCUUGAAGGAGAAGUUCCCAAACUUGGUGUUUUCUUAAACAAAAGUGCAUUUUCAGUGUUUGGAAAUGACAAACUUUGUGGAGGUAUUGCUGAAUUGAAGCUACCAUCGUGCCUUGUAAAUAAACCAGGUUCAAAUGAGAAGCAUAAUUUAACUAUGCUCCUAGCAACAAUCAUCCCUAUUACAUGCAUCAUUCUCUUUUUGAUCAUCCUAUUCUUUCUAUUCUCUAAAUGGAGGCGAAAGAAGUCAAAAAAGCUUUCAUUAAUGGAGAAACUUGAAGAAGAUCAAAAUCAUGUAAAGGUUUCUUAUGCCGAGCUUCAUCGAGCAACAAAUGGGUUUUCCUCACACAAUUUAAUCGGCAAGGGAAGCUUUGGUUCUGUCUAUGUGGGAAACAUGGAUAAAAAUUGGUCAAAAAAUAUCGCAGUAAAGGUUCUCAAUCUCCAGCAAAGAGGUGCCUCCAAGAGUUUUGAAGCUGAAUGCAAAGCAAUGAGAAGUGUUCGGCAUAGAAAUCUUGGGAGGAUAUUAACGUCUUGCUCCAGCAUCGACCAUGAAGGCAAUGAUUUCAAAGCCUUAGUUUUUGAGUACAUGCCAAAUGGAAACUUGGAUAAAUGGUUGCAUCCGCAAUCAAUAUUUGAAAAUGAUAGCAGGAGCACUUUAACCUUAAUCCAAAGGAUGAAUAUAAUUAUUGAUAUAGCUUCUGCUUUAGACUAUCUUCAUAAUCAUGGAUCUGUUCCAGUGGUUCACUGUGAUCUAAAGCCUAGCAAUGUUCUCCUUGAUGAAGACAUGGUUGCACAUGUUAGUGACUUUGGUCUAGCAAGGCUCCUUGAUGAAACUACAACACAAUCUUCCCAAACUUCGACGGGCUCGAUUGCAUUAAAAGGAACUAUUGGAUAUGCUGCCCCAGAAUAUGGGGCUGCCAAUCAAGUCUCUAUUGUAGGAGAUGUUUACAGUUAUGGCAUAAUUCUACUAGAGAUGUUUACUGGAAGAAGACCAAUUGAUGAAAUAUUCAAUGAAGGCCUCAACCUUCAUGAAUUUGUGAAGGCUGUCCUUCAUGAGAGUGCAAUGGAUAUUGUGGACCCUUACUUGCUUUUGCAGGAAGAACACGUCGAAGUUAGGGAAGACCUUCGACACAUGAGAAGUAUAAGCAAACAUGAAUUGGAAUGCAUAGUCUCGGUGCUUAAAGUCGGCCUUCUUUGUUCAGAGGAAUCUCCAAUAGAAAGAAUACCAAUUACACAAGCUUUUAGUGAAUUAUAUGCAAUUAGAAACUUCUUCCUCAAGUCCUCAAACAAUAAAACACCACCUCUUUAGCUUAUUCAAUGUGAAAUUAAGAAUAUUAAUGUUUUCUCUUGUUUUGCAUAUG